CAUCCACAUAAGCAGUUUUCUUUUCCCCCUGCAGUCAAGACCAAAAAUUCCCCCGGGGCGAAAGUUUCCUGCUUUUUCGCUCGGUCGCUUCCGCCGGACUCGCUCCACAUCCAAUCAAACCCCCUCUUUCGCUCUUCGCUCUCCCUCACCCUUCUUCCUUCAGCUUUCACCUACCGCCCUCUUCCCGCGUCCCCUCUCCCCGAAUCCUUCUACACUCGCUCCCAGUCCCCUGGAUAUUACCCAAACGCCUGUCGCUGUCGACUCUUCUCACUCCCCCCUUUUUCUUUCUAUAUUCUCCGCUCGCUCCCCCAUUCCGAUCACGCCCACCUGUAUCAAUUGACUAUCACCCUCUCCAGGGGCUUGCUCCGUCAAGAUGGCAGCCGAUAUGAGCGGCGAGCAGAUGCAGGCAAAGAUCACCGCGGCCCGGCGCGAAGCUGAAGGCUUGAAGGAUAGGAUCAAGCGCAGAAAGGAUGAGCUGGCUGAUACCACUCUCCGUCAAGUGGCGCAAAACCAAACUGACACUUUGCCUCGCAUCGGAAUGAAACCCCGUCGGACACUCAAGGGCCAUCUCGCCAAAAUCUACGCUAUGCACUGGUCGACCGACCGACGUCAUCUCGUAUCUGCUUCGCAAGAUGGAAAGCUCAUCAUCUGGGAUGCCUACACUACGAAUAAAGUCCAUGCAAUCCCAUUGAGGUCAUCGUGGGUCAUGACCUGCGCCUAUGCCCCGAGUGGAAACUACGUUGCGUGUGGUGGUCUAGACAACAUCUGCUCAAUCUACAACCUCUCUUCGCGUGAAGGUCCUACUCGUGUUGCGCGCGAGCUGUCCGGACACUCGGGAUACCUCUCCUGCUGCCGCUUCAUCAACGAUCGCCGUAUUAUCACCUCGUCCGGAGACAUGACUUGCAUGCUAUGGGAUAUUGAAUCGGGCUCGAAAGUGACUGAAUUCGCCGACCACCUGGGCGACGUCAUGUCGAUCAGCAUUAACCCUACCAACCAGAAUAUUUUCGUCUCGGGCGCCUGUGAUGCUUUCGCGAAGCUUUGGGAUAUUCGUACCGGAAAGGCCGUUCAGACUUUCGCUGGACACGAAUCGGACAUCAACGCUAUCCAAUUCUUCCCCGACGGAAAUGCAUUCGGCACUGGUUCCGAUGAUACGUCCUGCCGUCUCUUUGAUAUUCGCGCGGAUCGUGAGCUCAACAUUUAUCAGAGCGACCAAAUAUUGUGUGGUAUCACAUCCGUUGCUUUCUCCGUCUCUGGAAGACUGCUUUUCGCUGGUUAUGACGAUUUUGAAUGCAAGGUGUGGGAUGUCCUCCGGGGCGACAAAGUUGGCUCUCUUAGCGGUCACGAAAACCGGGUCAGCUGUCUUGGAGUCAGCAACGACGGCAUUAGUCUGUGCACAGGCUCCUGGGAUUCUCUGCUUAAGGUCUGGGCCUGGUAGAAGCCGAGAACUCCGAAGCAAAAAAAAAAAAAAAAAAAA